AUGAGGCUGGCGAUUGACUGGUCUCGGUGGACCACCACUCCUUAUUACGCCAUCGUCAUUCUGAUUAUUGCCUGCGGGAGUAUCCCGAAAGGUAUGUGCGUCUUUAUUCCUCCACCAAUUCGUGUGCUGACCAUGGAUGUUGUGUCCAUCGCUUCUGAAUGGACGAAUAACAAGACCGAGCUGGCCAACCGCAGAGCCAACAUCACCUCGUUCAACGUUUUGGGUGCUGCGUUGGGCGCCUUGCUCGCAUUGGACUUGAACGAUCGUCUGGGCCGCCUGCGCUCGUGGCGAUUAGCUUGUCUGAUUUGGGCGGCCGGUCUCUUCGUUCAGAUUUUCUCUUCUGGUAUAUAUGGUCUGAUUCUCGCGGCGAGACUUUGCAGUGGACUAGGGGCGGGAAUUCUCACCGUUACCACGCCGUUGUACUUAUCCGAAAUCGCCCCCGCAAGAACUAGAGGCUUGGUGGUCAGUAUCUACAUGGUUAUAUUGUUGACCGUGUUGGCAUUGGGUUUCUUCAUCAAUUAUGCCGCCAGUCUGCAUAUGGCCCCAACUCGGACUCAGUACCGUCUCGUGCAGUCCAUUCCACUAAUCCCAGUUGGGAUUGCGUUCUUUGCGUCCGUGAUUGCACCCGAAACGCCUCGCUACUUGGUCUCCAAGCACCGGCAUGAUGAAGGACGAUCCGUCCUCGCUCGUCUGCGCGGCAGACAAGUCUCCGACCCAGCGAUCGAAGACGAAUUUAAAAGCAUCGAUGCGCAAGUGCGCACCAAGGCGAUGGACCUGGCGUCCGUGACCCACUGGGAAGCCUUCAAAGAGACCCAACUCAACCCCAACUACCGGCAGCGAUUCUGGUUGCUGAUCGCCAUGCAAACCAUCUCCCAGUGGACUGGCGGCAACGGCAUCACCUACUACGUCGCCACCAUCUUCCAGUACGCCGGAAUCGACGGCAACGCGCGCUCGCUCGUCUCCUCAGGCGCCUAUGGGAUCGUCAAGCUGGUCUUCACCAUGGCCUUCACCUGGGGUCUGAUCGACUAUCUCGGCCGCCGGCGGUGCGCCCUCGCCGGCCUCAGCCUCCAGCUCGCCGCCCACAUCUACAUGGGCGCGUACAUGGGCCUGCAGCCGGGGUCGAGCACCAACCGCUCCGCCUCCAACGCCGCCAUCGCCUCUGUCUUCAUCUACGCCGUCGGCUGGUCCAUCGGCCUCUGCACCAUCCCCUACCUCUAUGGCGCGGAGAUCUUCCCCACGCGCAUCCGCAACGUCAGCUACGCGAUCAGCAUGUCGCUGCACUGGUUCUUCCAGUUUGCUGUCGUCCGCGUCACUCCGAACAUGUUCGUCGCGCUCGAUGUGUGGGGCGCCUACGUCUUUUGGGCGAUCAUUUGCUUCUCUGGGCUCGUCAUCUUGGGCAUCUGGAUGCCUGAGACGAAGGGCGUGCCCAUUGAGCGGAUGGGUGAUCUCUUCGAGGGACCGUGGUACUUGCGCUGGCGAGCGAAGCCAAGACCCAUCAGUUCCUUUUCACCUUCUCCGGCUGGGAUGAACGCGGGCGAUCCUCCUGGUGAGAAGAGGCCCGGCUGGGCAAAUGCAUCUGUCUGA